UAAAACAACUGAAGCCCACAUUUUUCAGAUUUAAAUUUGUACAAUUUAAACCGAAUUGUCGGUGGAAUUGGAGAAACUAUCGCAGUGCUUGGGGGUGUGGCAGCCCUGGCAGCCGGGUGCGGUAUCGGUACAUCGAUAGCGCAACCUUGAUACAUCGACUGCCAUCCUCGUUCGGUUGUUUUUUUGCGUUUUUGCAUAACAAAAUCUUGGAAAUUCGCCUUAAAAACACAGGCCAUCGACCAGGAGCGGCACAUCCCACUUGCAGAGCAGACGGAAUGGGGCAGUACACGGCGUCGCAGCGCAAGAAUGUGAGGAUCCUGCUGGUGGGCGACGCCGGAGUGGGCAAGACGUCGCUGAUUCUGUCGCUGGUCAGUGAGGAAUACCCGGAGGAGGUGCCGCCCCGAGCGGAGGAGAUCACCAUUCCGGCGAACGUGACGCCCGAACAGGUCCCGACCAGCAUCGUUGACUUCUCGGCGGUGGAGCAAUCGGAGGAUGCGCUGGCCGCCGAGAUUAACAAGGCGCACGUGGUGUGCAUAGUGUAUGCCGUGGAUGACGACGACUCUCUGGACAGGAUUACCUCCCACUGGCUGCCCCUGGUUCGUGCCAAGUGCAAUCCCUCGCUGGACGGCGAGGGGGAUGCCGAGGCGACGGAGGCGGAAGGCGACGCCUCGAGGGAUCCCCUUCGCAAGCCCAUCGUUCUGGUGGGCAACAAGAUCGACCUGAUCGAGUACUCCACCAUGGACAGCGUGCUGGCCAUCAUGGAGGACUACCCCGAGAUCGAGAGCUGCGUGGAGUGCUCGGCCAAGACGCUGCACAACAUCUCCGAGAUGUUUUACUACGCCCAGAAGGCGGUGCUCCACCCGACUUCGCCGCUGUACAUGAUGGAGGAGCAGGAGCUCACAUCCGCUUGCAAGAAGUCGCUGGUGCGCAUCUUCAAGAUCUGCGACAUCGACGGGGAUAAUCUGCUCAACGACUACGAGCUGAAUCUUUUCCAGCGGCGUUGCUUUAAUACCCCCCUGCAGCCGCAGAUCCUGGACGAGGUGAAGGCCGUGAUACAAAAGAACGUGCCCGAUGGCAUCUACAACGAUGCGGUCACUUUGAAGGGCUUCCUCUUCCUGCACUGCCUGUUCAUUCAGCGCGGCAGGAACGAGACCACCUGGGCGGUGUUGCGUCGCUUUGGCUACAACGACCAGUUGGAGAUGUGCCAGGAGUAUCUGAGGCCACCGCUGAAAAUACCGCCGGGCAGCAGCACAGAACUCUCGCACCGGGGACAGCAGUUCCUCAUCGCCGUUUUCGAGCGCUACGAUCGCGAUGGUGACGGCGCCCUGUCGCCGGAGGAGCACAAGAUGCUAUUCAGCACUUGCCCGGCUUCACCGUGGUCCUACUCCACGGAUAUACGCAAAUCCUGCCCAAUUAACGAGACCACGGGAUGGGUUACCCUGCACGGAUGGCUCUGCCGCUGGACGCUGAUGACGCUGAUUGAUGUUGUGAAGACCAUGGAGUAUCUGGCCUAUUUGGGCUUCAAUGUCCACGAGAAUGACAGCCAGUUGGCGGCCAUUCACGUGACACGUGAGCGUCGCAUCGAUUUGGCCAAGCGCCAAAGCAGCCGUUCCGUUUACAAGUGCCAUGUGAUUGGCCCCAAAGGUUCCGGAAAGACUGGAAUGUGCCGGGGCUUUUUGGUCGAGGACAUGCACAAGCUAAUCGGCAAGGAGUUCAAAACGAAUGUGGUUCACUGCAUCAACUCGGUGCAGGUGUAUGGCCAGGAGAAGCACCUCAUCCUGCGCGACAUCGAUGUGCGGCACGCCCUCGAUCCCCUCCAGCCGCAGGAGGUUAACUGCGAUGUGGCCUGCCUAGUCUACGACUCUUCAAAUCCCCGCUCCUUUGAGUACGUGGCCCGUAUCUACAUCAAGUAUUAUGCGGAGAGCAAGAUCCCAGUGAUGAUAGUCGGGACCAAGUGCGACAUGGACGAGCGCCGCCAGGACUACCUGAUGCAGCCGUCGGAGUUCUGCGACAAGUACAAGCUGCUGCCGCCGCACCUGUUCAGCCUGAAGACCAACAAGAAAGAACUGUAUACCAAGCUGGCAACCAUGGCGGCUUUUCCGCGCUUCCAGGCGGCCUGGAUACUGUUCUACAAGCACAGGUUGGUACAGCUGUGGGAGUCGGCCCACCUGAGGCAAUUUGGCCUGAUGACAGAGGAUCCCAAGCUGUGGUGGAAGGCGGGACUGGGCGUGGCCGCGGCUACCAUGCUGGGUUUUAUAGUGCUGAAGACAAUUAGUGCUGCCGGCGCGCACUCGCGCUAGAAGAUGGAACGCUUUCAAGAACACAGACACGCGUUAAUGUUUAACAAAUUCAUGUAACUUAUUAAUUACUUCUUUGCUUGCUACUGUAAAUCCAAAUUGAUUGUUACGAAAACGAAAAACAAUGAAAAGGGA